GACUAGAUGACAGGUUUUUUAAGGUGGCCCCAGACAUUCCCACCUCAGCCCAGCAUCCUCCUGUGCCUCUACACAGUGAGGUAGUCUCCAAGAAAGGGGACCCUGAGUCAGCCCAUUACACCUGGUUUCCUAUCUGCUAGGGUCAUUCAUCCCACGGAGCACUGGAGGGCAACUGAGGAGGAGCCGCCUUAACAAAGGGGUUGUGUGCCAGGGAGCUGGGUAGGUGUCUGGCUAUAUAUCUGCCCAGCGCUGGUACUCUGGGUACAGAGAUGGCACUGACACAGGAGCUGUAUGCCACACCAGCCUCCAGGCUGGACUCCUUCGUGGCUCAGUGGCUGCAGCCCCACCGGGAGUGGAAGGAAGAGGUGCUGGACACUGUGCGGACUGUGGAGCAGUUUCUGAGGCAGGAGCAUUUCCAGGGGGAGCAUGGGCUGGACCAGGAUGUGCGGGUGCCGAAGGUGAUCAAGGUGGGCUCCUUCGGGAAUGGCACGAUUCUCAGGCGCACAAGAGAGGUGGAGCUGGUGGCAUUUCUGAGCUGUUUCCACAGCUUCCAGGAGGCAGCCACACACCACCAGGCUGUUCUGAGGCUGAUAAGGAAAACCAUGAGGCAAUCCCAGGACCUGCUGGCUCUCGGGCUCGAGGACCUGAGGGUGGAGCAGAGAGUCCCCGAUGCUCUUGUCCUCACCAUCCAGACCUGGGAGGCUGCGGAGCCCAUCACUGUCACCAUCGUGCCUGCCUACAGAGCCCUGGGGCCUUCUGUUCCCAACUCCCAGCCACCCCCUGAGGUCUACGUGAGCCUGAUCAAUGCCUGUGGUGUUCCUGGAAGUUUCUCCCCAUCCUUCAGUGAGCUGCAGAGAAACUUUGUGAAACAUCGACCAACUAAGCUAAAGAGCCUCCUGCGCCUGGUGAAGCACUGGUACCAGCAGUAUGUGAAAGCCAGGUCGCCCAAGGCCAAUCUACCCCCUCUCUACGCUCUCGAACUACUAACCAUCUACGCCUGGGAAAUGGGUACUGGGGAAGAUGAGAAUUUCAUGUUGGAUGAAGGCUUCACCACGGUGAUGGACCUGCUCCUGGAGUAUGAAGUCAUCUGUAUCUACUGGACCAAGUACUACACACUCCAGAAUCCAGUCAUCGAGGAUUGUGUCAGAAAACAGCUCAAAAAAGAGAGGCCUAUGAUCCUGGAUCCUGCUGACCCCACCCACAAUGUAGCAGAAGGGUACAGAUGGGACAUUGUCGCUCAGAGGGCCUCCCAGUGCCUGAAACAGGACUGCUGCUAUGAUGACAGGGAGAACCCCAUCCCCACCUGGAACGUGAAGAGAGCACGAGACAUCCAUGUGACAGUGGAGCAGAGGGGUUACCCCGAUUUCAAGCUCAUCGUGAACCCUUAUGAGUCCAUAAAGAAGAUUAAAGAUAAAAUCCGGAGGAGCAGGGGUUACUCUGGCCUGCAGCGUCUGUCCUUCCAGGUUCCUGGCGAUGAGAGGCAGCUUCUCAGCAGUCGAUCCUCCUUAGCCAAAUACGGGAUCUUCUCCCACACUCGCAUCUAUCUGCUGGAGGCCAUCCCCCCCGAAAUCCAGGUCUUCGUGAAGAAUCCUGAUGGUGAGAGCUACGCCUAUGCCAUCGACCCCAAGAGCUUCGUCCUGGGUCUGAAGGAGCAGAUUGAAGACCAGCAGGGGCUGCCUAAAAAGCAGCAGCAGCUGGAAUUCCAAGGCCAAGUCCUGCAGGACUGGUUGAGUCUGGGGGGCUAUGGCGUCCAAGACAGUGACACCCUCAUCCUCUCUAAGAAGAAAGGAGGAACGGCUCUGUUUCCAGCCAGCUAGUCUCCUCUGGGAAACUUCUCUGUACAUUUCUGCCGCCUACUCCAGAACUCAUUCUGUGAACCACUCUGUCCCAUUGUUUACUGGGUAGGUCCCAGGUCUUCACCAGCUUUAUGACGAGUUAUCCCAAGCCAGACGCGGUAGCUCACACCUGUAAUCCCAGUACUUUGGGAGGCCGAGGUAGGAGGAAUGCUUAAGCCAAGGAGUUCAAGACCAGCUUGGGUAUCAUAGGAAGACCCCGUCUCUACAAAAUAAAAAAAUAA